UGUGAACUUUAUAUGCUACGAACCAGUCCAUGAGAGUUCUGUGUUUAUGCUUAUUCAGGGCUGUUUCUGUAAAAAGGACGUACAGUAACAGACAAAAGGCUGGGCGUGGAGAGAAACCUCUCCUUCCUCUCCAGAGUUGCCUCCACUUCCGGCUCCACCGGCAGAGAUGCAAUCGGGGCUUGCAAAGGAGGAAGGGAAGGAGGCGGGAAGCAGAGGCAGAAGAGGGGGCUGCUUCCUAAUUAAGCCUCCUAAUUAAGCGCCUUCACUCCCUACCUCCAACGUGGGGUCUCCCAUUCCCGCCCCCGCUGCCCAGGAUUUCGGGUGAGGAAGAUGAGGGCCAGAAUUCCAUGGAGCCAUCUGUAACUUCAUUGGGAAGAACAAAGAAACAGUUUAAAUGCAUGGAAUGUGGGAUGUGCUUUAAUCACAGUGGAAGACUGAGGAUACACCAUCAAACACACACAGGGGAUAAACCAUUGGAAUAUAUGGCGUGUGGAAAAAGCAUCGGUCAAAAUGGAGCACUUCAAAUACAUCAACAAACCCACACAGGGGGGAAAUCAUCCAAAUGUACUGAAUGUGGAAAGAGCUUCAGUGAAAGUCAAACACUUAGAAUACAUCAACGAACUCACACAGGGGAGAAACUAUUUGAAUGUAUUGAAUGUGGAAAGAGCUUCAGUCAGUAUGGAAACCUUAGGAGACACCAACAAACUCACACGGGGGAGAAACCAUUUAAAUGUAUUGAAUGUGGAAAGAACUUUAGUCAAAAUGGACACCUUAGAACACAUCAACGAACUCACACAGGGGAGAAACCAUUUAAAUGUAAUGAAUGUGGAAAGAGCUUCACUCAAUAUGGAUAUCUUAAAAUCCAUCGACGAACUCACACGGGGGAGAAACCAUUUAAAUGUAUUGAAUGUGGAAAGAACUUCAGUCGAAAUGGACACCUUAGAAGACAUCAACGAACUCACACGGGGGAGAAACCAUUUGAAUGUAUUGAAUGUGGAAAGAGCUUCAGUCGAUAUGGAAACCUUAGAACACACCACCAAACCCACACAGGGGGCAAACCAUUUAAAUGUAUUGAAUGUGGAAAGUGCUUCAGUCGAUGUGGAAACCUUAGAAUACAUCAACAAACUCACACGGGGGAGAAACCAUUUGAAUGUAUUGAAUGUGGAAAGAGCUUCAGUGAAAAUGGACACCUUAGAAUACAUCAACGAACUCACACGGGGGAGAAAUCAUUUGAAUGUAUUGAAUGUGGAAAGAGCUUCAGUCGAUAUGGAAACCUUAGAACACACCACCAAACCCACACAGGGGACAAACCAUUUAAAUGUAUUGAAUGUGGAAAGUGCUUCAGUCGAUGUGGAAACCUUAGAAUACAUCAACGAACUCACACGGGGGAGAAACCAUUUGAAUGUAUUGAAUGUGGAAAGAGCUUCAGUCGAAAUGGACAACUUAGAAGACAUCAAGGAACUCACACGGGGGAGAAACCAUUUGAAUGUAUUGAAUGUGGAAAGAGCUUCAGUCGAAAUGAAAACCUUAGAACACACCAACAAACCCACACAGGGGACAAACCAUUUAAAUGUAUUGAAUGUGGAAAGUGCUUCAGUCGAUGUGGAAACCUUAGAAUACAUCAACGAACUCACACGGGGGAGAAACCAUUUGAAUGUAUUGAAUGUGGAAAGAGUUUCAGUGGAAGUGGAGCCCUUAGAAGACAUCAAGGAACUCACACGGGGGAGAAACCAUUUACAUGUAUUGAAUGUGGAAAGAGCUUCAGUGGAAGUGGAGCCCUUGGAACACACCAACGAACUCACAUGGGAGAGAAACCAUUUAAAUGUAUUGAAUGUGGAAAGAGCUUCGCUCAAUAUGGAUACCUUAAAAUCCAUCAACGAACUCACACGGGGGAGAAACCAUUUAAAUGUAUUGAAUGUGGAAAGAGCUUCACUCAAUAUGGAAACCUUAGAACACACCAACAAACCCACACGGGGGAGAAACCAUUUGAAUGUAUUGAAUGUGGAAAGAGCUUCAGUGGAAGUGGACAACUUAGAAUACAUCAACAAACUCACACAGGGGAGAAAUCAUUUAAAUGUAUUGAAUGUGGAAAGUGCUUCAGUCGAAAUGGACACCUUAGAAUACAUCAACGAACUCACACGGGGGAGAAACCAUUUGAAUGUAUUGAAUGUGGAAAGAGCUUCAGUCGAAAUGGACAACUUAGAAUACAUCAACAAACUCACACGGGGGAGAAAUCAUUUAAAUGUAUUGAAUGUGGAAAGUGCUUCAGUCGAAAUGGACACCUUAGAAUACAUCAACGAACUCACACGGGGGAGAAACCAUUUAAAUGUAUUGAAUGUGGAAAGAGCUUCAGUGGAAGUGGAGCACUUAGAUCACACCAACGAACUCACACGGGGGAGAAACCAUUUAAAUGUAUUGAAUGUGGAAAGAGCUUCAGUAGAAGUGGAGACCUUAGAAAACAUCAGCGAACUCACACGGGGAAGAAACCAUUUAAAUGUAUUGAAUGUGGAAAGUGCUUCAUUCGGAAUGGACACCUUAGGAAACAUCAGCUUACUCACGCAGGGGGGAAAUCAUAGAUAUUUGGAAAGAGCUUCAGAGGGAGUGAAUAUCUUAAUAUUAAUAAGCAAAUUCACACCGGGGGGGGGGGGAGAGUCAUAUAUAAUGUAUGGAGUUUUCCACUCAGGUUUCCCAGAUUUCCUGGGGAGUGAAGAUGGCUGUCAAGUCUCUGGAUGUUUCGAAAAGAAUUUGGAAGCGUUUGUUUUCAUUCUUGGGGGCCAUGUUUUUUGGCGAUUCCCCUCUAUUUCAAGAGGGUAUCUGAAGACUGUUGAUCAGGAUCGCUUGGAAUCAGGCAUUCUGGACUUUUCCCAUAAUGCUGCGUAUUGCUCAGAAAUGAGAGCUGGAUCUGGAUUUCCUGUGUCUGCAUCAUUCCCACGUUUCUCCAGCUGUAGUCUUCUGCAAUGCUCACACCACUUGUAGGGCUUUCCUUUUGGGUGGAUUCUCUAUGAAGAAGGCCCAGCUUUUUCUCAUGUGCAUGUAAAUCCCAGGGUUCUCUUUUCCGUGUGGUUCCCAUUAGGUCUUGCCAGGCUUAGCUCCUAACCAACGACUUUUCACGCUUAGCGCUGGAGUGCUUCUUCCUUGAGUCAUGGGCUGCAAUGAGAAACAGACUGCAAAUUACUGAAAUCAAAACAAGGGAGAAAGAAAUGAAACCUCUGUCACUAGAUGUCAACUAGCGGCAUCUAUUGUUCAAGGUGCUGGUGGUUGUUAUCAUAUUUGUAUCCCACCCAUCUGGCUGGGUUCCUGCAGCCCAGAGGCGCCAACUUCUGUAAAUGAUUGAGAAGACCUGGCAAGAUGUUCUGACAUCGCACGUGCAACAACACACAACAUCCUGAUGUCCUGUGUAUGCCGUUUCAAGGGCCCAGGGGGAGAGCCAAACGCCCUCAGAACAUUGAACAUUGAGAUGGACCUCCCCACCCACCAUUCCGCUCACAGAGCUACAAUUCUCAGGGUGGUUUAACAAUCAGUCCCUCUUCACAGGGAACUCUGGGAAUUGUAGUUAGGGGGGAAUUGAGGAGCCUCCUAAUAAUGCUUAGCACCCUUAACAAACUACAGCUCCCGUAAUUCCUUGGGGGAAGGGAUCCGAAAAUAGUUUAGGAUUAUUUUGAAAUGAAAGCAACAAUCUAUGUACUGUACUAGAAAACAUUUUUUGUUUAGGCAAGCCUAUCCACACAUGUAGAAUGCUCAACAUGUGUUUUACACUUCUCGGUAGUGGCGCCCGCCCUGUGGAACACCCUCCCACCAGAUGUCAAAUAGAACAUCCCAUAGAGGAGAGAAUCCAAGCGUCAUAAUGCAGAAUCAAAUGGUUUAUAUCGACAGGCAUCCAAAAGGGGGUGGGGUAGGGGGAAGAAGGCUGCAGCGAAACCUUGUUGUGAGCCAAAGAGCAAGUUUCUAGCAUUUGUUGAACCCUGAGAUGUGAGACAAGAACAUACAGUGGUAUGUUCUCAAACUUAAUCCAUUCUGGAUGUCCGUUCCAAAACCAAAGUGUUCCAAAACCAAGGCACGCUCUCCAAUAGAAAGUAAUGCUAAAUGGAUAAUUCCGUUCCAGACUUUUAAAAACAACCCCUAAAACAGCAAUUUAACAUGAAUUCUGCUAUCUAAUGAGACCAUCAAUCCAUAAAAUGAAAACAAUAAUCAAUGUACUAUACUAUAAAAUAUUUUUUGUUUAGGCAAGCCUCGGUAGUGGCACCCGCCCUGUGGAACACCCUCUCACCAGAUGUCAAAGAGAACAACAACUACCAGACUUUUAGAAGACAUCUGAAGGCAGCCCUGUUUAGAAAAGCUUUUAAUGUUUGAUGGAUUUACUGUAUUUUAAUAUUUUGUUGGAAGCUGCCCAGAGUGACUGGGGAAGCCCAGCCAGAUGGGUGGAAUAUAAAUAAAAAAUCAUCAUCAUCCAUGGAGGCGCUAGGACCCUGUUGCGCUCUGCAGCGUCAGGGUAAUUCCUCAUUCCAGCACUGCAUUUCAUUGGUAGAUCUCUACCAAUGAACUGCAGCGCCGGGGUCAUCCCUGCCGGUGGGAAGGCUCCAGAUGCUUUUCCGCAGUCCAUACCUCUUCCCCGCUGGCUCCGCAGCCCCGAUCUGGCCUCCGAGCUCUCCCCGCUGACUCGGGGGGGGGGGAGCCAUGUGGCGACAGGCAUUGACACUUCUCUCUUUAAUUUUCUCCUUUUCCCCCUCCCUCCAAACUCAGUUCUUAUUUCCCGCCAGACUUCCGGUUUACCGCCAUUUGCGAAGCCACGCAAAGGAGCUUCUCGGGGGACCGAGGCUCCCUGCCUGGGGAAGAUAGGGGGGCGUGAAAGCUACACAACCCCCCAUGAAGAAACCCUAGCCUGGGCUGGUUGGGGACGUGGUGCCACCGAAGCCAGGACUUGUCUCCCUGCUUCCCGCUAGCCCUUUGAGGCAGCGAGAGAAGGCGGGCGGUAGACGGGGCUUCUGGCAAUAUCGCUACUUCU